AUGUCUUCAGAAGUGUCAUUAGACGAUAGAGACAAGCCGAGUCUCGUCCGGCGUACUUUGACUCUGGUGACAAGGGCGGCGUGUUCACAGAUAGGUCUAGUUACACUGGUGGUUAUGUACGUGUUGCUCGGUGCAGUGCUGUUUGAAUAUUUGGAGUCAGGCCCCGACGUGCAGAAAAGAUCUGCUAUACAACGCUCUAGGGAAGAAUGCUUGAAGGAAUUGUGGGCUAUUACAGAACGUCUGAACGUGCUAUACGAGCGCAACUGGACAAGGCUGGUGCACGAACAGCUACGCAAGUUCGAGUCGUCCGUGGUUGCGGCCGCGCGGCAUGCGGACACGCAGCCGGAACUCACCAUAGACAAUAAGUGGACGUUCUCUGGAGCAUUGAUAUACUGCAUCACUCUUAUAACAACAAUAGGUUAUGGUAACGUGUCUCCACGUACGGCAGCCGGCCGAGCAGCAACUGUAGCUUACGCAGCAGCCGGUGUGCCAUUAACACUAGCCUGUUUAGCGGGCCUCGGAGCUUCGUUAGCACGACUGGCUAGAAUAGCCUGGUUGAAAACAAAUAAAAAUAAAAUUCCUAACACGUGGAGGAAAGAAGGAGAACUGGAAAAUCAUUUUCAACUUCACGAACAACAACGUCUGUUACCUCAACCAGCUCAGAAUAAUCAAUACACCUCAUUUCCACCACGACCACAUAGAUACGCUGGGACUGUAAAAGCUAGAGCUGGAGAAAAAGGACAAUAUUCUCAAGUAUUUGAGAAAGCGCCUGCAAGUCCGAGAGCGGCAACAUUAGGUCGCAUAAAACGUAGUGCCUUAUCUGAUGAACCUCAUUCAUCUGGAACUCUUCAAACGCAGACAUUAGAUCGAAAGAAAAAUAUGAACAGUAUGAAAUGUAUGGCCACAAUUCAUGGUGUUGGCCGAGGUCGUGGAAGAAGUCCAGUGCAAAGACCGCGAGGUGUCGCUAUCGAACAACUGAUAGCUGAGGAGUGCGGAGACGUCAUUAUGAACAGCUGUCGAGAGGAAGUCGACGAAUCAGAAGAUGCCGAUGAAAUAAUAUGUCCCCACGAUACGCCUUCAAGAGUGCCUUUAAUAUGGAAUGAGGAACAUCAAAAAGUCAAAAGCUGUGCAGUACCAAGUUGCAGUACAUCUACGAGUGUGCCACAUCAAAAUCACGGCAUCGAGCACUGUCACAUCCCAGUGGGAAUUGUUCUAUUCUUACUACUCGCAUAUAUUUGUGUAGGUGCAACUAUAUUCUCAGUCUGGGAAAAUUGGAGCUUUCUAGAUGCAACAUAUUUUUGCUUUAUAGCAUUAGCGACUAUAGGUUUCGGAGAUUUUGUACCGACAAGUUUUCUUACCUCAAAGCAUAGUACGGAAAGUUCUAAGAAUGAAUACAUUCAGAUGAUAGCUUGUUGUGCGUAUUUAGUUUUUGGAUUAAUUUUAAUAGCUAUGUCAUUUAGUUUGCUACAAGAUGAAGUGGUGGCAAGAUGUUCGCAGUUAGCCAACAGUCUUGGUAUCACUCGUCAAUGA